UCUCACGAAACAAGCCAAAAUUCGAUUCAAUCCCGAUCUAGAAAGAAGUAGCCCUGCCCCGCUAGGGUUCCACGAACUGCAUGAGAGUCGUCGCAUCCCUCCCCUCCAUUGCGAUUUUCUCAGCUUUCUUUAGCCUUCUAAGUUUUCUUUUUCCCUAACUCCCUUCUAGUUUUCCUUCCCCUCUCCAUGAUUUCAGAUUCUCUCAUAGUUUUUUCUACCUGCUCCGUUCCUAAAUCUGACAGCCUCCAAAAAGUGUUUUCGCCGUUGUUUCUCGUUUCCUUAGUUUCUCACCUCCAAAAUUCCUAAAUACGUUACUAGAGUAGUUUUAUACUUCAUGUAUCUAGCUAUUAGCCCAAAAAAACCCCAAAAAAUUUGUUAUAGUCUUUGUUGUUUUUGCUUGUUUUCCCCUAUUGGUCGAUUAUGGCGCAAUCGGGCGUGGUUACCAGGAAGUGGAGCCCUCUAAUACUGCUGCUGGAAGAGUGAUUGUUGAAUCUCCUUUCAAAAGGGGAAGGUCUAUGAUGUUUUGGCUAAGUCAUGGACUGAUCGGAGAAACUUUCAGGGCAGGUGGAUCGUGCCUGCAGAGGGGCCACCAGAAUUAAUAAACAACAACAGAAUGUUAGUGCUGGUGGAGUGGUGACAGUUUCUAUGGAUGUAUUGUGAACUAUUAUAAGGGAAAUGGUAGAAGAAGCAAUGUAAGAUGUGAACCAGCAACGAAAUGUUCAGAGGCAAUAUGGAGGGAAUGAGAGUCCAGAGGGGGAUUGAAUUGUUUGAGGAGGAUCCUGAAUAUCAAGCCAAACUGAAGCAAUUUCAGAAAUGGCAUCCACCUACCUUUAGGGGUACACAACACACCAAAGAUGCCAAUGAGUGGAUACAUGAGAUGCAAGGAUCAUCACAAAGUUCUGCUGGUCACCUUUAUGCUUAGAGGAGAGGCUAAAGGUAUACUGAGAGGGGGGAGAGCUUACCUUGGAGGGAUUUUAUCAGAGACUUGUAUGAGACCUAGUUCUCUCAAGCUACACUUACUAAGGAGGAGCAGGAAUUAAAUGAAAUGAGGCAAGAAGAUAUGACAAUAGAUCAGUACCAGGCCAGUAGAACAGGGCACUGGUGCUGCUGCAGUGAAAAAGGCUUAAGUAAUUGAGCAAUACCAAAAUGCCAAGAAGGAAAAAAAUACUGAACAGGGAGGCAAAGGUAAAGCAGUCAUCAGCCACAUCCAACCUCAGAAUAAGAGGGUUGAGCAGAGGGUAAAGAAAGGGGGUGUUCAUCAAUAAAGUAGAAGCUCUGGAAUUCAAAGUGUGCCAUCAGAAACAUAAGGCAAAGAUUGUUACAAGAAAGAACGGCGAAAAAACAUUUUGAGCAGAGGGUGCAUGUUUCCAGUGUGGGAAGCCAAGACAUUUAACAAGAAAUUGCAGUGAGGAUCAAGCAGAUGCAAAAAAGACAGAAGGUAGUUGGAAGAGUAUGUAUAUGCCUUGAACGAGCAAGUCCAAAGAAAUCCAGCUGCGAUUAGACCUAAAAUUUCUAUCUUCAAUGGAAUACCUAAAGUACUAAUGAUCUAGAUCCACUAACUCAUUUGUGUCUGAUGCUGCUUUUAUAUUUGUUAAACCUUCAAUUCUGGGUUAUGACAAGCUCCUCAAAAAUUAUAAUAAACUCUAAAAACAGAA